AUGGCGGCUCAGCAAGCCAACCUACGUUUAACGAUCGUCGCAGCAGAUAGUCUUUACAAGCGAGAUGUGUUCCGAUUCCCCGAUCCUUUCGCUGUGGCGACGAUCAACGGCGAGCAGACCAAAACAACGACGGUCAUCAAGAAGACGCUGAAUCCAUAUUGGAAUGAGAGCUUUGAUCUUUCCGUCACCGAAGAUAGCGUCCUUGCAGUCCAGAUAUUUGACCAGAAGAAGUUCAAGAAGAAGGAUCAGGGUUUCCUUGGUGUGGUGAAUGUUCGCAUAGGAAAUGUCAUCGACCUCGACGCCGGUGGAGACGAAAUGCUUACUCGCGACCUCAAGAAGUCAAAUGACAAUUUGGUCGUUCACGGAAAGCUCAUUCUUAACAUGUCCACGAACCUUAGCCAGCCUAUAAAUCCCAACCAAAACGCCUCCAGACCCUCCCUCCAAGGGAACCUUUCGGCCAGCUCGUCCGUGAACGGCGUCAACGGCCAACCUCCACCGACCCCGAUUGCCGCCCCGCCAUCACAAUCCUUGCAUCCCGACGUGUAUCCUGGCAGCAGACCAGCUCCCGCGAGUCCAGCACCGACCCGACCAAGCCCUCAGCUACCAGUCCCGCCCACUGCGCCGCCCCAGAUCCAGCAUAGUAUGGCUCCUGCUCCCACCGCGAGUAUGGCCGCAACCCGGCACUCGGGCUAUAGUGCAUUCGAAGAUGCGCAAGGGCGAUUACCGGCCGGCUGGGAACGCCGUGAGGACAACCUUGGGAGAACCUACUAUGUCGACCACAACACUCGACAGACCACUUGGGUCCGCCCUCAGGCGGGUGUCAGCGAACGCGACCAGCGCAAUGCAUUUGAAGCUCAAACACAGGCCGAACGGACUCGGCAUCAAAAUCGAAUGCUCCCUGAAGAUCGCACCGGAGCCAAUUCUCCGGCGUUGUCCGAAGGAAAUUCUCCACAAGCGUCGAAUGCUAACGCCGUGUCGAUGAUGGCUACGGGUGCUACAACAGCUGGGUCAGGGGAAUUGCCUGCAGCCUGGGAGCAGCGUCACACCCCAGAGGGCCGGGCAUAUUUCGUCGACCACAACACACGAACCACGACGUGGGUCGAUCCCCGUCGGCAACAGUACAUUCGCAUGUACGGCGGCAGUAGCGCGAACAACAGUACCAUCCAACAGCAACCCGUUUCGCAGCUCGGUCCGCUUCCGAGCGGAUGGGAGAUGCGCCUCACCAACACCGCCCGCGUCUACUUCGUCGAUCACAAUACCAAGACCACCACGUGGGAUGACCCGAGAUUGCCGUCGUCCCUCGACCAGAAUGUGCCGCAGUACAAGCGCGACUUCAGGAGAAAGUUGAUCUAUUUCCGAUCGCAACCCGCCCUUCGAAUUCUGUCGGGUCAGUGCCAUGUCAAAAUCCGGCGAACUCAUAUCUUCGAGGAUUCGUAUCAUGAAAUCAUGCGCCAGACCCCAGCAGAUUUGAAGAAGAGGCUAAUGAUCAAGUUCGAUGGCGAAGAUGGCCUGGACUACGGUGGUUUGUCAAGAGAAUUCUUCUUCCUCCUGUCCCAUGAGAUGUUCAACCCCUUUUAUUGCUUGUUUGAGUAUUCCGCCCACGACAACUAUACCCUUCAAAUCAACCCGCACUCGGGCAUUAACCCUGAGCAUUUGAAUUAUUUCAAAUUCAUCGGCCGCGUCGUUGGCUUAGCGAUCUUCCACCGACGAUUUUUGGACGCGUUUUUCAUCGGCGCUUUCUAUAAGAUGAUUCUUCGAAAGAAGGUGUCUCUGCCGGACAUGGAGGGCGUCGACGCAGAUAUUCAUCGAACGCUGACAUGGAUGCUGGAGAAUGACAUCACGGAUGCUAUCGAUGAGACUUUCACCACCAUCGAUGACAAAUUCGGCGAGCAGAUCACCGUGGAGCUGAAGCCGGGUGGUGACGACGUUGAAGUGACCAAUGACAAUAAGAAGGAAUACGUCGAGCUCAUCACCGAAUGGCGAAUUCAGAAACGUGUUCAGGAACAGUUCCAGGCUUUUCUGACCGGAUUUAAUGAGCUCAUUCCCUCGGAUCUAGUCAAUGUGUUCGACGAACGAGAAUUGGAGCUUCUCAUCGGUGGUAUCGCUGACAUUGACGUCGAUGACUGGAAGAAACACACCGAUUACCGAGGCUACACGGAGAACGAUGAGGUGAUCGUCAGCUUCUGGAAGUGCAUUCGCUCGUGGGAUGCGGAACAAAAAUCCCGUCUCCUUCAAUUCGCUACCGGGACGUCACGUAUCCCCGUGAACGGUUUUAAGGACCUCCAAGGCUCCGACGGCCCGCGCCGUUUCACUAUCGAAAAGGCCGGGGAGCCGGGCCAGCUACCCAAGAGCCACACGUGCUUCAACCGGCUGGAUCUGCCGCCGUACAAGACGGGCGAGGCACUGAAUCAAAAACUCACCAUCGCCGUGGAGGAAACGGUGGGGUUCGGACAGGAGUGA